UUCAGUGUUCCGCCGCUAACUCUGGUGUAGACGGUCAGACAGUUUCUCUGUGACUCCAGCAAACAUUUGCAAACGAGAAGACAUUUCCAGCGGAACUGAAGACAAAAGGACACUGUCCACGUCUGAGAGGAGACGCUGAGCGAACAGGUAUGGGCGCUGUUUCCAGCAGGUGUGAUGGUGGCACUGAGGGGGCGGGGUCACAGUACAGUGGGAGUGGUCAAGACAGUGACAGCAGGCCUAUAGUGGAGGAUAGCAGGAGACCGAGUUCUGGAGAGACGGUGCACUGUCCCACCUGCCAGGGUACUGGACGCAUACCCAGAGGUCAGGAGAGCAAGCUGGUGGCUGUCAUCCCCUGCACUGACCAGAGGCUGAGACCCAGACACACGAAGCUGUACGUGGCAGUGUCUGUGGUUGUGUGCCUCCUGGUCAGCUCCCUGGUGUUGUUCUUCCUGUUUCCUCGCUCCGUCCUGCUGUCUCCAGUAGCUGUCAAGUCAUCCUUUGUUUACUUCACGGAAGACGAUGUCCGCAUUAACAUCACGAAUGUCCUGAACAUCACCAACAAGAACUUUGCGGCGGUGCAGGCCUACAAUCUGAGCGUGCAGGCUCUGAACUUUGACAUGGUGGUGGGAGCAGUUUCCAUUAAGAGCGUCACUUCUGUCAAACCUCUGUCCAUCAUAACAUACUCCUUUGUGAUGCCCAUCAAGCUGACAGACCCUGACCUGAGUCAGUACUGUCGGAGAGUUUCCCUGCCCGUCCACAUUAUCUAUCUGCACCUACAGAUGUCCAUGACAGUGUAUUACCUGGCCCACUACGAGCAGCUGUCCCUGGAGACAUACGAGUACAUCGACUGUGGAGCAAACAGCACCUUACCACACAGCAUGCAGCCCCCACCCACCUGAUGGAGACAUGGCGAGGACACACAGAGGAACUAAUGAAGACAAACUGUGGACUCUUUGUGAAGGACAAUAGUUGGUCCUACAAUAUUUUUUGUUUUUUUUCUUGAACUUUGACUGUGUCGCUAAAAUAUUGGAUAAUUGUAAUGUGGCAUCAGGAUGCUGUAAUCAAUCAUCCAGGAUGGAUGGAUUGAUGGAUGAAGACGCCCGGCACUGGAAGAGCGACUAAAUGAGGAAUCUACUCUUUAGCCGAGUGUGAAGGAAUGAUGGAUACAAGUGCACUCAUCUCACAUCUCACUGUCCCCUCUGAUGGUGUUUCAGUUCUACAGAUUGAAUUUUACAGUGAUAGAAACCCAGAAAAAAAAGACAGCUGGAUUUUCAUAAGAGGUCACAAGCAGCAUUAAAGCAGUGAGGAGACUUUUACAGUGUAAGAAUUGGAUCAGAAAUGCAACCUGAGAUUUUAUUAUAUUUUGAUUUCACUUCAGAGCUGUUGUUACUGUGUGGGUUUCAGUUAACCCUCAAACUGCGCAAAUUGAAAUUGCGAACAUAAACUACAUCUGAUGAAAAUAUGUCAGUUUUGUUAAAAAUCCCAUUUAUGGCAGGAAAGUUUUUACAUUCACGUGAGGUGGUAUUUCAGGCGAUUCAAAAAAGCCAUAUUUUGAAAUGGAAACACUUUUUUAGCUUUUCUAGGUCACAUGAUGCUAUCUAUGUGCUUGUCGGUAGGAACUGGCUCCCUCAUGAUGCAGCAGGCGCUACAUAAAAUGUUAUUGCAUCAAAUAACUCCUCAAAGGAUGAGCGAAUCAUCUGGAAGUUUUUAAUCCACAAAUUCUCUGUGAAAUCGUGGACUAUCACCUCCCAGAAAUCCCUCAAAGGUGGCCGCUCCCACAUAUAAGAGGCUUGCCUUUCGUUUUCACUCACAUAACACACCUACGUGGCCUUGGAUUGGAAAUGAUGAUGGCUAGUGUGGUGGCUGCAAUAGAAGUA